AAAAACUAGCUACUCUAGGAAUGUUGACAUUGGAAAGCUUUAACAAUCAUAAUGUGAUUGUACUAUGUUACUUGGAGGAUUGAAGCUUCUCAGUGGUGCCACCAUCCUUUUUCGACGAGAAAAGGAUAUUUUACAGCUUCGAUUAAGGAAGUUGACAUAUUUUAUGAGCUUUGGAAACAUGUGCGGAGACUGUGUGCCCUUCCACAAGACUCAGAUCACACAGUUUGGGUUUCUGCGAACUCCCGAGGACCACCAUUUGGAUUGGGAAUGAGGGCUUAUUCACUCCUUUUCACCUGGCUGUUCAUCCAAUCAUCAGCAUUUUACAUGCUCAUCAAUCCCACUUGAACUGUUCGACCAUCAGUGCAACCAAGUUGGAGGGUUGAUCAACAAAUUGGAUGCCAUCACGUGGCUCACAGCUUGUUACAAAGAUAAACAGGCAGUUACCCACAAUUUUACAACGUUACAACUUAAAACGCGACUCUAGCUGAAUGGAUUAGUAUUAAGCGCUUUUCAACAAGCACAAUUCUUUUCCGGCUCUUAAACCCUCCCUGACUCACCAAAACCCUUCCGUCACAAAACUGAGCUCAGAGGUAGCAGCUGAAUUAUUUCUAUAGAGGGGAGAAAGAAAAGGGCCUAAGGAACACAGAAAAUGGGGAUUCCGGCAUUUUACCGGUGGCUAUUAGAGAGAUACCCGCUUUCAGUAGUCGACGUUGUGGAAGAUUCUCCGGCCUUCGCUAACGGAGUUAAAAUCCCAGUUGACACUACAAUGCCAAACCCAAAUGGCUUUGAGUUCGACAAUCUUUAUCUCGACAUGAAUGGCAUCAUACACCCCUGUUUCCAUCCCGAAAACUUGCCGUCUCCGAAGAGUUAUGAUGAAGUAUUUACCGCGGUAUUCAAGUAUAUUGAUCGAAUUUUUUGGUUGAUUAGGCCUCGCAAGCUUCUGUACAUGGCAAUUGAUGGUGUUGCCCCUAGGGCUAAGAUGAAUCAGCAGCGAGCAAGACGAUUCAGAGCUGCUAAAGAUGCAGCUGAUGAAGCCUCUCUAUUAGAGAAACAAAGAGAUGCCCAUGGAGAGAAAGGGGGAGCUUCAGUGAGUACAGGUCUUGAUUCAAAUGUAAUCACGCCUGGAACUGCAUUCAUGGAGUUGCUGUCAUCUGCACUUCGAUAUUAUGUACACUUGAGGAUGAACCAGGAUCCUGGUUGGAAGGGAAUCAAGGUAAUCCUUUCCGAUGCUAGUGUCCCUGGUGAAGGAGAACAUAAAAUAAUGUCUUAUAUCCGCUUGCAAAGAAAUCUUCCUGGGUUUGAUCCAAAUACUCGCCAUUGUUUAUAUGGAUUGGAUGCUGAUCUGAUCAUGCUUGCUUUGGCUACCCAUGAAGUUCACUUCUCAGUUUUGCGGGAGGAUGUGCAAAGAGCGCCACCUAGAAAACGCCGUAAAAUAUACAAGACAGGAAAAGGUGGUAAGUCAAAGCCUAGUAAAGGUCCUGAUCAAGAUCUUGAAGACUUCAUAUCAAGACAGAAGUUUCAGUUUGUCAAUGUGUGGGUACUCCGAGACUACCUCGCAGAGAGCCUGAGAAUACCAGAUCCAACAGUGAAAGCUGAUCUCGAGCGAUUGAUAGAUGAUUUUGUUUUCAUGUGUCUAUUUGUUGGAAAUGAUUUCCUGCCUCAUGUGCCAUCAUUGGAGAUAUCAGAGGGGGCUAUUGAUUUGCUCAUGGAUGUCUACAAAAGAGAGUUCGUCCGAAUGGGUGGUUAUCUCACUGAUGCUUCUCAGGUUAAUUUGGAACGGGUAGAACACUUUGUUCAAACCCUUGCUUCUCAUGAGAAUGCGAUUUUCAGGAAACGGAGGCAGGAGCAAACAGCUUCCGAGAUACAUGCAAGGCAUUCUUCAGCCAAAAUGAAUUCCAGGUGGAAAAAGAGUCAGAGUUCACCUGACCAUAUAAAUUUUGAGGCCAAAUUUCCGGUAGACAAGGUCAAUCUAGGAGAGGAUGGUUGGAAGGAGAGAUACUACACCGAAAAAUUUGAAGUUCAAACAGAUGAUGACCGUGCUAGAGUUCAAAAACAUGCUGUCUUGAAAUAUGUUGAAGGGAUAUGUUGGGUCAUGCAUUAUUACUAUGAAGGAGUGUGCUCCUGGCAAUGGUUCUAUCCAUACCACUAUGCUCCAUUUGCUUCUGAUUUUAGCGGUCUUGAUCAACUCAAAAUUGAUUUUGUACUCGGGAAACCCUUUAAGCCUUUCGACCAAUUAAUGGGAGUCCUCCCUGCUGCAAGUGCACAAGCGCUGCCUUUGCUCUACAGGAAAUUAAUGACAGAUCCAUCAUCGCCUAUUUUGGACUUCUAUCCUACUGAGUUUGAGCUCGACUUGAAUGGAAGAAAACAAGCUUGGAAGGCUGUUUGUAGAUUACCGUUUAUCGAAGAAGAACGUCUUCUGACUGAGAUUGCAAAAGUGGAACAUACAUUAACGGAUGAAGAGAGGCGGCGGAACACUUUGGGCCUUGAUAAACUGUUUGUUCACCUGUCACAUCCAUUAGCUGCAAAGUUGCUUACCUUUUUUGAGCGGAAUAAAGAUCAUCCAAAGUUGCAUAAAGCUAAAGUGAAGACAAAAAUUAACCCUAAAUUUAGUGGUGGAAUGAAUGGGUACAUAUACAUCUCGGAGAAGCCCAUUUGUCCUGCAGAGAUCUCUUCGCCUUUAUGUGAAAUGACAACCAUCAAGGAGAACAAAAUCGUGUUUGUCUUCUACAAACUCCCUCAUUUUCAUCCUCACAUCCCUAGACCACCAGAAGGAGUUAACAUGCCUCAAAAGUCCAUCAGAAAGCAUGAUUUGCUACCUCCACUUGCUUUAUGGCAUGAGAAGACGGCUAUCGGUCGGAGCAGAUUUUUGAAAAGGCCCAUUCCCCCAAAGUCUCUCGCAGGGCCUUGUCUGGCAAAACUUGCCCAUCAGCUUGUUUCUGGAACUUGUGUCAGCAGACAUGAAGAUCAUGGGAAAGUCAUCAAAAGAAAACUUGAUGAUCUAAAUGACAAUAAAAGGAAGCGGAAGAAAUGUAAUAAGAAGAGAAAAACGACAACAGCUGAGCAUUCCACAAUUUUUGCUGCUCAGAGUUCCUGAUAGGUGGCACACCAUAUGCCUGAAUCUGCACCUCAAUCUCCAAGAUUGCUGGUUUCUGCCAAUUUCAGGUGGGAUAGAGCAUAUGGAAUUUGUAUCCAGGCUAUCUGCCGAAUGAGAGGUGGCUUUAUAACUCAACACAAACAGAAACCCCAAGACGGUGGAUUGCUUCCAUCGCUCUAGCCACUGCCAGCUCAUAUAUCUGUUUUCUCAAUUCAUUUCUUAGUUCUAGAUAAUGUGUAUUUGGCUGCAACUUUAGAAUUUUGCUAAUGAUUUGUACCCUGCAUCAUCCUCAAUGGCUAAUUCAUUAGUCGUUUUUUACAGAACACAGAUUUUGAUUGUAGUUAUGUAAGAUUUAUACCAA